AUGGAAGCUCAAUUUCAAGUACUUCGCUUUGGAAACGAAAAGUCCGAUGAAGAAAUUGUCUACGGUUCAAGCUAUCCAUUCGCUCGUAAUAUAGAAACCCUUAUAAUGAAUUCAACUGAGACGCGAAGUGCGAAGAAGAACAGGAAGAAAAAACUAAUCGGAUCCCCCCCACGACCCCAGAAUUCGUGGAUUAUUUAUAGGAGAGAUACAAGUGCUAAACCAGAAUUUAAAGGAAAAACGCCCCAAUUUAUUUCAGCUGAAAUUGAAAAGCUAUGGAAAAAUGAGAGUAAGGAGGUGAAGGAAUUGUUUAAAGCAUUAUCAAGAUUGGCGUUGAAAAAACACAUCGAAAAUCCGUCCAAUUUUGGAUCUCCUUCUUUUAUGGAAAUGGACUUUGAAUCACCACUUUUAUCUGACGUCAAUCUUGAAUCUCCUCUUACAACCGACUGUAAUCCUCAAGAACUGGAUUCUCCAUUUCCAACCGACUUCAAUUCUCAAUCUUCAUACUUAUCCGCCGACAUUCCAUUUGAUUUUGUAUUGAAUUCCCCAUACGAAGAUCCUCAGCUUAUGAUAGACGUUUCGCCGCAAACUUUUGGAUAUGAAUAUUCUUAUUCGUUGAAUGAUAUGAAUAUGAUGGGUGCCGCGAAUUUCGCACCGUUGAAUUCCAUUGCUCAAAAUAUUAUACCAUAUGGAUAUGUUCCCGAAGACAACGUUUUACCAUUAGACCCAACAAAUUAUGAUAACACAACUUUUCCUCCACCACAACCUGAUAUAUCGCAACUGAUUAGUCAGUUGUCCGACGAGGAGUGUGCUUUGCUUUUGGAGUACUUAAAAUCCGAUGGACACAUUAUUUCCGAAGAAAUAUCACCUAAUCAAUUCGACUUCAAUUUACUCAUUCCUCAUUCCAUCUUUUUUGAUUUACAAGAUUCUAGAUCUCUACAAUAG